CUCGAGAAUACCAGCUCAUGUAUAUAGACGCGAUCUGAUCUGACACAUAAAAAUCUUUCUACAUCUACUCCGUCGUCGCAAUUAUGGCCAGCUCCGACAACGGAUCCAGCAGGAAUCUGCCCAACACCACCCCCUGCUUGAGCUAUUGGCAACGCACUACCCGUUCAUUCCCCCAUCUCUUCGCCAACCAAGAUAACACCGUGCCUUCUAAGGCUAAAUAUGUGGUCAUUGGCUCUGGAAUAUCCGGUGGUCUGACCGCAUUUGAGCUUCUAGAAGCAGGCGUUCCGGGUGAGGAAGUGGUGAUUUUGGAGGCACGAGAAGCGGCCAGUGGUGCGAGUUCACGAAAUGCAGGUCAUGUCCGACCGGACGCAUUUCGGGGCUUCAAUGCCUACUCGAAAGUCCACGGUCCCGAACAGGCUCUAAAGAUCAUCGCGAACGAACGACUUGUCCUUGAAAAAGUGAACGAUUUCGUCAAACGGCACCAAGUAACAUGUGACUUCAAUCUGACGACCACAUUUGAUGUCUGUAUGACACCUGAGUUUGCCAAGUACGAAGCGGAGAGUCUGGAGGCAUACAAACAAGCAGGAGGUGAUGUGUCCCAUAUCAAAUUCUAUGAUGGAUUAGAAGCCCAGGCGAAGACAAGAAUUCCAGGGGCCACUGCAGCAUAUGAAUGGCCCGCUGGAUCCAGUCAUCCAGCCAAACUAGCCCAUUUCUUGCUCCAAUCCGUGAUUGAUCGUGGUGCGAAGUUGUUUACAUUUUGCCCUGCUACCGAGGUGAAACAAACUGGCUCGAGUUUAUGGGAUGUGCAUACACCUCGGGGUAUCAUCACAGCAGAGAGGAUCAUUCACUGUACCAAUGCCCACGCAGCUCUCCUGCUGCCCCAACUUGAAACCUAUAAUCGGCCAAAUCGUGCACAAGCCCAUUCGCUCGUGCCAACCCCAGCUUUUGCAGCCGAGAAUGCCCUUCAGAAUACAUUUUCCCUACGCUACAGCCUCCUUCAUUUCUAUUCAUUGAUACAGCGCAAGGGUGAUGGCACACUCAUUCUAGGAGUUUCUCGAUCUAACCCCACACUAAGUCCUGAGACUCUGGAUAGUCGCUUCAGUACCGAUGAUUCUCACUUUAACGAGGAAAUUGCCCAGGAUGCCCUACGGAGCUUCAACAACCUUUUCCCUGAUUACGCGCCCGAUGGAAGCAAGACGUUGCAUGGUGAAGGCUUGGACCAUGCAUGGACUGGGAUCAUUGCGAUGACUACGGACUCGGUUCCAUUUGUCGGCGCGAUUGAUUCGUUACCAGGUCAAUAUAUAUGUGCUGGGUUUAACGGUCAUGGAAUGGCGCGGAUAUUUACAUGUGCUCCUGGAAUUGCUAAAAUUGUGCUGGGAUAUGAGUGGAGUGAAACUGGAUUACCAGAGUGCUUCCAGUUCAGCCCUGAGAGACUCGCACGGCUUUCUAAUGGAGAUUUACCUUCGAUAUGGUGA